GCCCAUAGCAACGGGGCAGGCCCAGCCCGGCGCCAUGGCGGCCGCCGGCAGCCCCGGCGUCUUUCUGCUGGCGGUCAACGGGCAGAUCGAGAGCGGGCAGGGCCUGGAGGAGGGCAUCUCCCAGAUUACCUCCAAGAGCGACGUCGCGCCCACCACGCUCGUCUGGAACUUCCCCAUCGACAUUACCUUCAAGAGCACCAAUCCGUCCGGCUGGCCGCAGAUUGUAGUGAGUGUCUACGGACCUGACUUUUUUGGAAACGAUGUGGUCAGAGGUUAUGGAGCUGUUCAUAUUCCCUUCACACCUGGGAGGCAUACAAGAACCAUCGCUAUGUUUGUUCCAGAGUCCACAUCUAGGCUGCAGAAGUUUACAAGUUGGUUCACAGGGAGACGUCCAGAAUUUACUGACCCCAAAGUUGUAGCACAGGGAGAAGGAAGAGAAGUAACGAGGGUGCGAUCUCAAGGCUUUGUGACCAUCUCCUUCAACGUAGUGACCAAAGAUAUGAAGAAGUUGGGCUAUGACGUGAGCCCGAGCGACAUGCAGAACCCUUCUCUGGUGCCUGUUACGGAAGGGAUUCAUAAGUAUUGAACUCGGGUGUGAGAUGUUCAAAGGCUCACAGAGAAGUUAAGCACUUUGGGGUUUUUUGUGGCAAAGGGAAAUGAGUAUCUGACUAAACUGAGAAGAUUUCACUUGAGACCAUUAUUCCAAAAGAAACACAAGCUCGUGAGGCUUUGGAAUAAUUACCUAAGUAUAAUCCUUUCAGUAAACAUACAGGUUGAAGUAUUAUGUAAAUUAAUGUAAUCAGAUAAUAUUUAGCAUUUUUAUAAGUAACACCACACUAUCCCAAUAUAAGACCUGUAACCAAAUAUUUUUUAUAACAGUCUUUUGUACACUCUUUAUAUACUUAAAGAAUAGGAAAGUUUAUAGUUGCAGCAGUUUUCCUGUGUUUAAAAAAUCAUUGCAAACCCGCUUCUUUUUACUGAAGUUUUUUGUGGUGGAAAUGGGAAAUGGAAAUUCUUGCACCUUCCAAAAAGGAGGAAAAAUGGAAACGUUCCAGUGAAAUGCACAUGCGCUUCCCUCUGCCAUGCGCUUCCCUCUGCAAAAGCAACAGCAGUUUUCUUUAUAAUCCCACAUAGCCCUUUAGAGUUUGUGCAACUAAUUAAAAUAUAUCUAUCAUCUCAUGCACGGUAGCAACAAAGCUUUCCACAUUUUUUUCAGUGAAGCAAACCUGGGCUUUUGCAUUUAGAACAAGAUGAUGGCUCUUCCAUUUCCAGAUUUUAUUUCUGCAUCAAGCUUCAGGAAGGAAGGAAAAAAAAAAAAAAAAAAAAAAAAAAAAAAAAAAAAACAAAAAAACCAGCAGUUUAUUUUAGAGGUGUUAGAGACCAUGGUGUUAAACAAAUCCUUGCUGCAUAGUUUUAACUUCUGGUAGAACAAAUUGCAUUUUAAGUGCAGAUAUUGACUAUAAAUAAGCUUUAGGGAAGGCUCUGCAAAGAAAGUAGAAUCUCAGUAAGCCAGCUGUGCGUGCAGUCAUAAGCAGCAUUUAGCUCCACGUGAUGUACCAGAGGCACUGUGCUGCACAGGAGAGCAGGAAAGACCCUCUCCCUUCAGCAGGUCCCUCCAGCCAGUACAUUACACAGAUAAUGCACCAUGGCGUUCCUUAGCUGAUUUUCUUAUCAAAAGAAAGGCAAUAAAAAAGCAACGUAACAAUCUUCAAGUCUGCUAUACUCGGGUUUUCCUUCCCAUUGCAUAACCUCCAAGAAGGACCGAAACAAUGUUGGUUGUUAUUAGGGCGUGACAGGGGCUCCAGAGCUGACGUGCUGCGCUCCGACGCCUGCAGUGUAAGGGUAGAGCUGGCCUCGGUCCGAAGAGCUUCUCCUCUGAUGUCUGACCAUGGCCUUUCAGUGAGUCCCCCUCUAAGCUAACGUUAGUGCUCUUCUUUUAGCCUGAAUAAACACAGUUGUCUAAAUAUGUUUGUUUGUCUUUCUACUGGUAGGGUUUUCUUUUGUUUGUGCCAGAAUGGAUGUUUCCAAGUCCUAAAUCCUCCAAGAUCUGCUAUUCUUACAGGUACAAAAGAAAAAGAAGUGUAUGCUACAAUGAAAUGACUAAUCGCUUAGUCAUUUUCAUAUUUAAAUUUGGGCAUGUAAUCUCUUGUGUUUGACUGCAAAUACCAAGAGAUGACUGUGAGAAUGACUUAACAUGAUACCACCCUAAAGGUGAACUACCAGGACCUUGAAACGGUAGAAAUAAAGUAAUAGCACACAGCAUUGAACUGCAGAGCCUCCAGGACAUGUAUCAAAUAAAGCAUCCAGUUAGAGGCAGUUAUUAUUUCAUGCUGAGCAGUGUGAUUGAAUAAAUAUCAUUUCUGAAAAGA